AUGGUGGCAAGGUGUCACGCUUUAAGUUGCCUACAAGUAGGAAGGCUGCGCACAAAAUGUUUAACAUUUGGGAUUUGGCCAUGCUGGCUGUGCUUCAAGAAUUGCACUGUCAAACCAUACAAGUGGCCAAAAUCCGAAUUUCCAGAUGUUUGGAGCAUCGUUUGUGUCGCGUUUCUGAUGUUUCAGGGUGGCCUCCCGCCCGAGGUCGAGGCUUCGUUUGUGGAGUCGGACGGGCAACUUCAUAAGUGCAAGCUUCGCGUGGAGUUCGACGCGUGGCCCGGGUGGCUGGUGUGGGUGGACCAGCGAAGCGAGUGGAUGGGAUCGUGCCAGCUUGCAUCCAUCAACUUGCUCGCUUAUGGGUAUGCAUCUAAGGCUUGCACUUUGUCCAAGGAAGCAGCACCCGAGAAUUCUUUCUCAGUACAUACGACCAGAAGCACGUUCAAUUUCGUCUUCGCGGGCGACGCCGAGUUCUUCUCCUUGUUGCCAGUCCUCUCGCGCCUUUGUGCGCAUGUUCAGGGCUGGCCGGUGGCUGGCUCCGUGUCUUCCCGUGCCGAGCUGGUCCGCUGGCAUGGCUGGUGUAAGGUGCAGCAGAGCCUCCGGCUCCGGAAAGCAGGCAGGUGAGCGCAGGUGAGCGCAGAUCGAGUCAUUCCUUGUGUUUUCUGAUCGAGUUGACUUGUGUUCGUUUCGCCGUGAAAUUAAAUGGAAGAGACUCGACACCUUACGUUGCAAUCCGAACGGUGAUUUGCACCGACCUCGUGGUUUAGUGAUGUUGGUGCGGACCUCCCAGCUGUUUACGAACACUUCAGGUGUUUCAACAAGUGAUUUGGCAGCCUGAGGUUUAAAUGAUCAACCACUAGCUAGCUGACACCUUGGCCAUCGCUACUUCCAACUCUUUGCCGGCUUUUACUUGCUCCCGCUCUCGUCCUGAAAGGGGAAGGAGCAAUGGUGAACUUGCAGUGCAGAGUGAAUGCAACUGUCCAACGGCAGCCAUCAGCGGUGUAAGACCAAUGUAUCGAGCGGGCAGGGUCCAAUCUUCAUGUUUGAUAUAAUUACCAGGGCCUCAACCAUCAAACGCGUUGAUGAUUCUUUAUGUUUUUGCUAUUCAGAGAUAUACCUGAAGGGGGGGACCAGCAUUUCAGACCCGUUUCAUGCUACUGCGUUGUCGUCUACAUUUCAAUGGAGCUGAUUUGUGCCGAAAUGAUCCUAAAGCUAAAGGGGUUGGAUGUCUCAAUGAGUAAGGCAAGUUUUCCCCUGGAGGAAUCCUGCACGUUCAAACCUGCGCACGCCUUAAGAGGCGCGCGCGGUAGGUUGAAAGGGAUUGAUGCCACACAAACUGGAUUUACUAUAUUAUCAGUUGUUAAU